UUUGAACCUUGAUGUAACAUUUAGUCCUCAGUUAUUCCAGCAGCGUCCGCAGCUCAGCAUGCAAAUAACUAAAUGUAAAUGCUUCUCAGCUCCAGCCUGCUUCCAUUUUUGUGACAGAACAUCGAUUUGCAUAUCCACUUGUUCACCCUCCGCUCUCCCACUCCCUCCUGUUGUUUUGACAGCGUCCCAGUCGAACAGCAGCCUAAAGAAGCAGAGGAGCCGGAGCAUCUUCAGCACAUUCUUCUGCUGCUUCCGAAACUACAAUGUGGACCCGCCGGCCACCAACACCAACACCAGCUCCCUGCCUCCACCUGUCGAGGAGAACGGAUCGCCUCCCAAGUGUGACCAGGUCGAGGUCAUCCCUGUCCCUAGUGUAU